UUACUUUGGACUACUCAAUGUACAAGCCGAAAAUGAGUCUUUGUUUCUAGUCAUAGUUCCGAAGGAGAGCCCAAUGUUUGCGAUUUAUUCGCUAGAUAGCUCUCGGACUCAAAUGGAUAAGCUAUUUUAUUUUAGAUAGUGAAUUUUUGUGGAUUUUUAAAAAAUUUCGUUUCAAGACAGCCCAGCGACCAUGGAAAAUACUAGUCAAGUUUCUUCUAGAAACAGCGAAUCAACGAAAACUUUYMUGUCUUCAUAUGAGAUGUGUAUAGCAAUCUAUGACUACGAGGCUGCUGAAGAAGAUGAAUUGUCMUUCAAAAUUAACGAUCGCAUAGAACUUCUGUCAAAGGAUCCUGCUAUUAGUGGAGACGAAGGAUGGUGGGUCGGUCGAAUUCAUGGAGGCUCAGGACGAAUAGCUAUUUUCCCAGCCAACUAUGUUACUUUUCAAGACCCYUCAGCAAAUCUAAUAGAAGUUCCUUUUACACAAAUCGACUUAAUAGAUAUGAUUGGUGUUGGAGCGUUCGGGAAAGUUUACCGCGGUAUAUGGAAAGAAGAAGAAGUAGCAGUUAAAGUCGCAAGAACAGAAAAUUACGCUGACUAUUCGAAGACUUUGCAAAGUGUCAAAGACGAGGCGAAAUAUUUCUCUAUUCUGAGACAUAGGAAUAUUGUUGGUUUAUUUGGAGUUUGUCUUGAACCGCCUAAUUUGUGCUUGGUAUUAGAGUAUGCUCGUGGAGGAGCCCUGUCCAAAGUUCUGAGUGGCCAUGGCAGUAAAAUUCCUCCCUCAGUUCUUCUAAACUGGGCAAUUCAAACUGCACAAGGAAUGAAUUACCUUCACUCUGAAGCUCCUUUGAGCAUCAUUCAUCGCGAUCUGAAGUCAGGCAAUAUUCUUUUACUUCAUCCUGUUGAUGAAAAUGAUUACAAUAAUAUCCUGAAAAUAACUGAUUUUGGACUUGCAAGAGAAAUUGCCCACACAACACGGAUGAGUGCGGCAGGCACGUACGCAUGGAUGGCACCUGAAGUGAUCCGAACAAGCACCUUUUCAUUUGCUAGUGAUGUUUGGAGUUAUGGAGUAUUAUUGUGGGAACUACUGACCGGUCAGGUUCCAUAUCGAGAUGUUGAAGCCCUUGCUGUAGCKUAUGGUGUUGCAAUGAACAGUCUUACUCUCCCAAUCCCUUCUACWUGUCCUGAGAUUCUACAGACUUUGAUGAAUGAUUGUUGGAAUCAAGAUCCUCACAAGAGACCAUCUUUCAAAACCAUUCUUCAAGAUCUGGAYGAAAUAAGUGAUUCAAGCAUAAUGGCAAGCCAGAAUGACUCAUUUAGAUCCAUGCAGGAUGGUUGGAAGACGGAGAUAGAGCAAAUAUUUGAUGAACUUCGCCUUAAGGAAAGAGAAUUAUCAUCAAGAGAAGAUGAAUUACACAAGUUACAAAUGGUACAAGCUAUUCAGGCUGAUGCCCUUAAAAAYAGAGAGGAAGAGGUUGCAGCUCGUGAAAUGAAUUUACUGGGAAGAGAGAUAAAUAUUAUCAUACAGGUAUGAAAUCAAGUAAAACCUUCACCCAAGAAGAGAAAAGGUGGAUUUAUUAAAUUUAGAUUCGGUGGGUCAAGCAGGAAGAUUAGCGCYCCAUCAGAUUUCUUGCAUAAGUUCACCAUUGUUCCCGAUAAUGAUGUACCAGUCAUUGAUGGCGAAUCCACCAUGUCAUCGCCGUUGUCUCCGGUUUUUCAUCGUUUUCGUCUUCAAUCUUUGGAUGACCCUGGACCAGAGUCCUCCUCGCCGUCUAGUCCUAACGACCAUAAAAAGAAAGUCCGUACGUGGGGUCCUAGCUCAGUUCAUCAAAGGGAAAGGGAAAACCGCUCUAAACGUGUUAAAGUGAAGGAUAAUUUUCCGCGUAGUUUUUCACAAGAAAGAUGUGCUUCGGUUCCUAAUCUUGGGUCGAUAGUCAACAAAGAUCAUGAACGCAAAGCAGCCAGUACWGCAGGCAGCAGCCCUGUGUCAUCUCCUAAAAUGUCCAGGUCGAAGCCGCCUCGAGGGAAAACCGAAAAAGCGAUAUGUAGAAUAGGAGCUAUUGCAUCAGCACUUGGGUUAGGUCAAGAUUUUUCCACGGUUGCAAAAAGUAUGAACGAUGUUCGGCUGCGUUCAGGUAGUCGGGAGCGGCGAAAAUCUCCGAACUCGAGACGAAGCCGCGAAAUAAGUCGGAAGUCUUGGUUCGGAAGUUCAACGUCUUCCGAAACAGCAGACGAAGGGCAAAGAGAUUCAAURUUCGGUUCGCGAAGCUUUUUACCUGACUUUGGUCGGUCAAGUAAACGUCCCGAGUCAACACCAGUGCUAAAGUCGGUUUCUUACGUUUCUGAUUCGAGAAACCCGACGUCUAACCGAACGGCGGCACCUCCGACCGAAAACACAUUGAUUGAUAUAUACGAAGUGCGCGACAGAAGGUCGAAGUCCCUUGGUGCUUACGAACUGAACGAAGUCGCUAUACCAGAGGCCGAGGACUCAUCGAUUAGUAAUUCAAUUUCGUUACCUCGUAAACUAUCGUCACCCACGGAGAGACGUCACAGCGGUGAAUUUCAAGGAAGUCCUCCACCUCUUUCGCCACGUGCAAGAACUAGCAAAAAUGAAAUCAAUGCUAACCAUGUUCACAAACACUUAUCAAAUGUGAAAGGACCGUCAUUAGAAGGAAGAUUUGAAAAUAUCGUAAAUGGCGAUGAAAGUAGACGGCAAGUAACUGGAAAAAUGACGGAACGASAGCGUCUGACUCUCUUAGACGUGAAUGUGGAUGGUCAACACGAAGACCGCACAAAGCCGCURAUUACGCCAGCUAAUACCGUGCGAAAACCUCUGACUAUCGAAGAACUCGAAAAAGAACUUUUACAUUAAGUAAAAGGGGACAGAAUUGUUUUUCUUCCGUUUUCUUAGAUCAAAAUAAGUAAAAAUAUGGCGCAAAAUUGCUAACUGCGCAACGUUUUUGUAACCAAGUUGAAAUUAAGAAAAGGUUUAAGAAAAACUACUUUGUUUAGAUACUGAAAAACAGCACAUUUUAGGAAACAAUUUCUAUARUUUAGGUACUGAUUUAUAUUUCACAUUAGUAAAAGCCUUAUCUAGAAUAUUUCACAAGCGGCUAGAAAGAAUCACACUAUUUCAAUACCAGUAGAAUUUUUUAUUAUAAAAUAAUGUUCAAUAGAGAAAGGCUUCCAACAACGGCGCGAGUCGAUUCUCUUAAAACAUUUUGCAUCAAAAAGAUAUAAAUUUUUAGCGAACAUGCAGGAUCAUAAUUAUCAAAGAAAUAUUCCUUUCGGCCACAAGGAAUGGGAAAUAAAAUUUGGGAAGUAAAGUAAUGAAAGACGCAAUUAGGAUGGAAAUAUAGUACAACUGUUUCAAAAAGGUUUGAAUGCAGUGCUGWAYAGGAGGUAUAGUUCAGUAUAUAUUUUUUGCCUGAAAAGGUUUAGGCUUUCUUAAAGCCARGGUACGUUUAGAACUACCAUCUGAUCAAACCUUUUUGAAAAAGCUGUAUGCACUUCAAGGGUUUAAAAACCAUAUUCACAUCCACCAAUCAAUGACGUUCAUUUUCCGCAUUUAAAAUGAUAUAAAUAAUGUAUUAGUUUAUACAAAGAACGUUCAAUUCAUAUGGGAAGGGAGGGUGAUACUCCUUUAUGGAAAAAAAUAUGUCAUGUAUACUUUUGCAUGAGUUAAUAACAAGUGAUAGAAAAUAUUCUAAAAAAUAUGACCACUUUUCGUGCAUAUUUCUCCCAUUCAAGUGUUGUAAUAAAUUCACCAAUGCAAUGAA